GCCGGGGCCCGGCAGAGCGCAGCUGGGAGGCCCUGAGCCUGCCCCGUUAGCCCCGGCACCCGGCCCGGCUACCUCGGCCGGACGCCGAUCACCAGACGGGCGGUGGCCCCAGUCGGCCCGGAGAGCAGAGGCCGGAAAAGAGUGUGCAAGAUUGCGAGAGGAGGGCUGCAGAACCUCCUCGGACCUACCGCGGGCCACCCCGAGGGCUGCAGAUUCCUUCCGCCAGGCGCGUCGCCCAAGGCCGUGGGUGAGGGUACGGGAUCGGCGCCCUCGCCUCGGCUCUUCCAACUGCUGCCGCCAGGACCGUGGGCCAGGAACCGCCGCGGAGCCACCUGACACCUUUAAAUAGCACCGGGGCUGGCGAAACUGGAGCCCCGCGCGGCGCGCCCCGGCUCGGGCCUCGGAUUGCUGGAAGCCCCGGCGGCGGCAGCGCCAGCGUCAGCGCCCUCCUCCUGGGGCCCCGUGCGGCUCUGCUCGCCUCUGCCGUUGCGCUAAUCGGCCCCGAGCCCGGCCCGCGCCCUGCCCGGCGCGGCCUCCUUCCCGUCUGCUUCCCGCCGCGCCGUCCGGCGCCCGAGCUGCCCGCGGGCUGGGUCCCCGAGGCCCGAGCCGCCGAGGCCGGGCCCCCAAACGAGGCCGAGAUGACUUCCAAGGAGGACAGCAAGGCGGCGCCGGGGGAGGAGAGGCGGCGCAGCCCGCUGGACCACCUGCCCCCUCCCGCCAACUCCAACAAGCCGCUGACGCCGUUCAGCAUCGAGGACAUCCUCAACAAGCCGUCUGUGCGGAGAAGUUACUCGCUGUGCGGGGCGGCGCACCUGCUGGCGGCCGCGGACAAGCACGCGCCGGGCGGCUUGCCCCUGGCGGGCCGCGCGCUGCUCUCUCAGACCUCGCCGCUGUGCGCGCUUGAGGAGCUCGCUAGCAAGACUUUUAAGGGGCUGGAGGUCAGCGUCCUGCAGGCAGCCGAAGGCCGUGACGGGAUGACCAUCUUUGGGCAGCGGCAGACCCCCAAAAAGCGAAGAAAGUCGCGCACAGCCUUCACCAAUCACCAGAUCUAUGAGUUGGAGAAGCGCUUUCUCUACCAGAAGUACCUGUCCCCCGCCGAUCGCGACCAAAUUGCGCAGCAGCUGGGCCUCACCAAUGCUCAGGUCAUCACCUGGUUCCAGAAUCGGCGAGCCAAGCUUAAACGGGACCUGGAGGAGAUGAAGGCCGACGUGGAGUCCGCCAAGAAACUGGGCCCUAGCGGGCAGAUGGACAUCGUGGCGCUGGCCGAACUCGAGCAGAACUCGGAGGCCGCAGGCGGCGGCGGCGGCGGCUGCGGCAGGGCUAAGUCAAGGCCUGGCUCUCCGGCACUCCCCCCAGGCGCCCCGCAGGCCCCGGGCGCCGGGCCCCUGCAGCUCUCGCCAGCCUCCCCGCUCACAGACCAGCCAGCCAGCAGCCAGGACUGCUCGGAGGACGAGGAAGACGAAGAAAUCGACGUGGACGAUUGAGCGGCGCCCGGCAUCUUCCACCGCCCCCCGGGCUCCGAGCGCCGGAUGUCCGCCGCCUCCCGGACCGGACCGCCGAGGGGAGCUGGGACCUCCUCUGCAACUCCCGCCUUCUCCCCGUCCUUGGCCCGGACUCGGCUCCCGGCAGCCGCCUCUUCCCUCUCGAAGCAAUAAACCCGGGCUGACCGGCGGAGCCGGUCGCCGCGCGCGGCCUCCACCGCCCCGGGAGCCCUCGCCGUGCAA